UUGCCUGGGGAGGAGGCGCUGCCUUUGUUCCGCCAAGGGUUAACCCAGAUUGUGUCUGUCACCCAGUUGCCCGGAUGCUGAUGUAAGGAGAGAGCUCGAGAGAUCCCUUCAGAUUGCAGUGAGAGGAGGCGAAGGACCAGACCGGAGGAAGCUCUCCGCCAGCAUCCUGCAUCCCCAGCAGUAUCAGCAUCAACAUCAGCAUCCUUGGUUGGGGGUGGCUGGACCAGCGGGAGGAUGCUGGUACCCGGACUGUAGCAUCCUUCAUCCCUCUUCCUCCUCCCUCCCCCUCCCUGAUGCAUCCCCCUCCCCCUAAACCCAUCAGGAUGCCGGCCCCGGUAUUGUCCCUAUAGGGCGAUAUCGGGGGCCUUGCCUUGCCUCUCCCCACCCCACCCUACCCCCCAAGGCCCCCAUCUCUUAUUGUUGCUUGGAAGGUGACAGACAAAAGCCAUGUCCAGUGGCAAAGAAGCAGGUGGGGUCCACCCCUACCAGCCACAACAGACCCAGCAGCAUGCUCAGUACGUGGGGCCCUACCGGCUGGAGAAAACACUGGGGAAAGGACAGACCGGUCUGGUGAAGCUGGGAGUGCACUGCAUCACAGGGCAGAAAGUGGCCAUUAAGAUUGUGAACCGGGAAAAGCUUUCGGAGUCAGUUCUAAUGAAGGUGGAACGGGAAAUUGCCAUUCUGAAGCUCAUCGAACACCCCCAUGUCCUCAAACUCCAUGACGUCUACGAGAACAAAAAAUAUUUAUACCUGGUUUUAGAACAUGUCUCGGGAGGGGAGCUUUUUGACUACCUGGUGAAGAAGGGACGUCUGACACCCAAGGAAGCCAGGAAAUUUUUUCGGCAAAUUGUCUCAGCCUUGGAUUUCUGCCACAGCUAUUCUAUAUGCCACCGAGACUUGAAGCCUGAGAACUUAUUGCUGGAUGAGAAGAACAACAUCCGAAUUGCGGAUUUCGGCAUGGCCUCCCUGCAGGUCGGAGACAGCCUGCUGGAAACAAGUUGUGGUUCUCCUCACUAUGCAUGUCCUGAGGUGAUCAAGGGAGAGAAGUAUGAUGGACGCCGCGCUGAUAUGUGGAGUUGUGGAGUCAUCCUCUUUGCCCUGCUGGUGGGGGCGUUACCCUUUGAUGACGACAACCUACGGCAGCUAUUGGAAAAGGUGAAGCGAGGAAUCUUCCACAUGCCCCAUUUCAUCCCACCUGAUUGUCAGAACCUCCUCCGGGGCAUGAUCGAGGUGGAACCUGAGAAGCGCCUCAGUCUAGAACAGAUUCAGAAGCACCCAUGGUUCUUAGGAGGCAAGAAUGAACCGGAGCCAGAGCAGCCAAUUCCUCGAAAGGUGGCGAUCCGGCGGAUCCAGUCGGUCAGCGAGUUGGAUCCUGACGUGCUGGAGAGCAUGCACUCUCUGGGCUGUUUCCGCGACAAGAACAAGCUGAAGCAGGAGCUGCAGAACGAGGGGGAAAACCAGGAAAAAAUGAUUUAUUAUCUGCUCUUGGACCGCAAGGAGAGAUACCCCAGCUGCGAGGAUGAAGAUCUGCCUCCACGCAACGAUGUUGACCCCCCUCGAAAGCGAGUCGACUCACCCAUGCUGAACCGACAUGGGAAGCGCCGGCCGGAACGGAAGUCCAUGGAAGUUCUGAGUGUCACAGAUGGUGGUUCCCCAGUCCCGGCCCGACGGGCCAUAGAGAUGGCACAACAUAGCCAGAGGUCUCGAUCUGUGAGUGGUGCCUCCACUGGCUUGUCCUCUAGCCCCCUCAGUAGCCCCAGGAGCCCCAUCUUCAGCUUUUCCCUCCCAUCGCCUCCCCCUGCCCCUGCAAAGACCCAGACACUCCCAGCCAAGGGCAGCCCGGCAGGGGAACGGGCCCUGCAGAGCCGAUGCUCCGCCCCUUUCCCCCUGCCCCCCAGCUCCCCGCCUCCUCACCCACCCUCCUCUCCCCGUUGCUUUUUCCCUUCUACUAAACCCCCACCCAAAUCUGUGCUGCAGGUCACCCCCCACCCCUCCCCUCGGGGAAGCCCCCUCCCCACUCCGCUCGGCACCCCCGUACACACGCCCAAAGAGAGUCCCACCGGCACUCCUGGUGGGACGCCACCGAGCAGCCCUGGCGUGGCCGGCGUGGCGUGGAAAACCCGCCUGAACUCCAUCAAGAACAGCUUCCUUGGCUCCCCACGCUUCCACCGCCGGAAACUGCAAGUUCCCACACCAGAGGAAAUGUCCAGUCUGACUCCAGAGUCGUCCCCUGAACUAGCCAAGAAAUCCUGGUUUGGGAAUUUUAUCAACCUAGACAAAGAGGAGCAAAUUUUUGUGGUCAUCAAAGACAAGCCCCUAAGCUCUAUCAAAGCUGAUAUUGUUCAUGCUUUCCUCUCAAUUCCCAGCCUGAGUCACAGUGUUGUGUCUCAAACAAGCUUCCGGGCCGAAUACAAGUCAUCAGGCGGCCCCUCGGUCUUCCAGAAACCCGUCAAGUUCCAAGUGGACAUCAGCUACUCCGAGGGUGGGGAGGCACACAAAGACAGUGGGAUCUACUCAGUCACCUUCACUCUCAUCUCAGGUCCCAGCCGCCGGUUUAAGCGAGUUGUGGAAACAAUCCAGGCGCAAUUGCUCAGCACACACGACCAGCCUUCCGUGCAAGCCCUCGCAGGUGGGUGUUCGGGAUCCGUACUCGGACUGGGUACCAACAGUUUGCUAGAUGAGAAGAACGGGCAACUGUGCCGCUUGCCAUGUACCCCAACCCGCAGCUGCCAAACAUCUCGGCGCUCUGAAUCCGACGUCUCCUCUGAGCACCAUCGACGUGGCUCUAAGGACAAGAAGCUGGUCUCAUCCAAUGGGACUCAAGUCCAGCAACCGCCACCCCCGUCCCCACAGCAGCCGUGACAACCGGGGCAGCGCAGGGGCAGCCGGGAGCCAGAGCAGCUAGGAGUGCAAACUCCGUGCCCCUGGGAAUCGCUAGAGCCGCCCCAGCAGGGCAGAUGGAGCCAAUGAACUCAAGGCACGGAUGGGUCAAGGCCCCACCAAAGACACAAAGGGGAAGGGGGGGGUGGUUUAAGUUUAAGAAGCUCGUCUCACCCCUGGGCGGAAAAGUUGCCAUCUUGGGAGCAGCCCAUACUGUGAACUUGUAAAUAAUUAAGAACAAAACAGAAAAAAAAGAACACCACAAAUCCAGAAAAAGAACAAAAGGGGAGGGGAGAGUACAAUUGCAAGAAGAUGGUGGACAGAAACAAAACAAACCUGGAGGAGGAGGAGAGAAGCCGGGCAGGAGCCGGUGGGGGCUGGGAUGUUUACUCUGAUUCCUUUGGUUUGGGAGGGAGCGAGGGAGGGAAGGGGGGAGCGUCUUUAUUUACUUCAGUCCUUUUCAUAGACUCUCUCCUGAUUUCAGUUAGUCCAAUUAGGAGACAUCUUCUUUCUUCUGCCGUUCCUUCUGUGGCCUGUAGGAGGCCAACCUACUCAUGGCAUCUUGGCAGAACCCACUAAAAUCACGAGACAGAGCUAGUAGGAAGUUUGCUUGAGUGAGAAAUUCAAAGGUUUCUGGCACCCAACCCUGUCCCUUCCUAUUUUUCUUCUUUUAGUUUUCCUGUUUCCAGAAAUCAGGGGCAAUUCUUUUGUUUUUUAAUGAAAAAAGCACUAUUGCUGAACA